GCCUGACCUGCACGAACAUCCCGAAGAUCGCCCACGGCGGCAUCGUCGCCGGGGACAAGUUCUCGUUUGGAGAUACAGCUCGUGUGGAGUGUGAUCUUGGAUAUCGAGGCGAUGGACCGGAAGAAGUCGAAUGCCUGGCCAACCAGACUUUCUCCACCGUGCCGAAAUGCGUUGACAUCGACGAGUGCACCGAGCAGAAGUCGUUAUGCUCAGGCUGCUCCAACGCUUCCCCACUUCCGGUCGUACACGCAACGGCUACUUCCGAGAAUUUCCUGUACCCAACGGCUACGUUGUCUCGAGGUGGCUGGUGCGCAGAGGAGAACGAUCCGGUUAAGACCGUCACCAUCGACCUCGGCACCCCUAAAACGUUGGAACGCCUCCAUAUCGAGAAAACCGCCGACGGCUACCCGACCCGGAUCUCGAUCCGAUUUGCCAAGAACGCAUCGCAACCACUCGUACAGUAUGCCAUUGGCCAGGAAACAGUCUUCUCCCUGCGCGCCGUCGCGAUGUCGGGUGGAGAGUUGUUCUCCUUUCCUCAACCUGUUGAGGCCCAGAUCGUCGAAGUGAGACUCGUCGAGACGAAGGCACCUGCGUCGACAUCAACGAGUGCGAGGAGGACAACGGGCACUGUGAUCAUCUUUGCGUCAAUCAUAUGGGCGGCUACGAGUGCGCCUUGCAAAGACGGCUACGACCUCUUUACUGCUGACGGCCAGGGCGGGCGCGUCGUCAAGGAGGGCGAGACCGGUUAUAGCAAUUUGGACGUCUACAGGUUCAACAAGACGUGCGUCCCGAAAAUCUGCCCCACCGUCACCUCCCCAAUGAACGGCAAGCUGCUGGCCACCGGCAAGGAGUUCGCCUACCCGAUGACCGUCAAGUUCCAGUGCAACUUCGGAUACCAGAUGAUGGGCGCCGAGUUCAUUCAAUGCCUGGCUGACGGGACCUGGAAUGGCACGACGCCGUUCUGUAUUCCCGCCACUUGCCAAGGAGUCCACAACAUUACGAAUAUUGGCCUCUACAACGUGUCGAUCAUGUGCACGCAGCAGAAUCGACCAGCUCGUCCAUCCCCUCUCUUCGGAUUCCGCGAGUGCGUUUUCGAUCCUCAGACCGAUGGCAGAGACUACUGGUUGAGUGGAGCAGGAGUGGACUGUCCUAUGGUCGACUGCGGACGGCCACCACAACUCGCUGGAGCUAUCUACGAAGGGGACUUCGGGGUCUACAAGGUCGGGUCGUCCCUGACGUUCUCGUGUCGUCCGCCCUACUCACUCGUUGGGCGCUCGACCUACGACGAUAGACUCGUCCGUUGUCACCUCGAUGGUUCCUGGGAUCUAGGAAGUCUACGGUGUGAAGGUCCGGUUUGCGUCGACCCCGGCUAUCCUCCAGAUGGCGCUGUUGCGCUGACCUCUGUCGAAGAAGGAGCUGUCGCCAAGUUCAGUUGCAACCGCCCGGGCUACAAGCCUUCCCGUCGGAUUCUUAUCAAUUGUACCUUGGGAACGCCUUGCACCCUCUCUGAAGACCUCGGCAUCAGCGAUGGCUACAUCCCGGAUGGGGCUUUUGCUGACAACUCGGAUACCGUUAACUAUGGAUAUGAGCCGCAUAAGGCUCGGAUGAGCUCGACCGGAUGGUGCGGCCAAAAAGACGCGUUCAUCUUCCUCUCCAUCGACCUCCAAAGGGUGUACACAUUGACGACGUUGCGCCUCACCGGUGUAGCUGGCCAAGGACCCUUGCGUGGCCACGUCACCAAAAUGCAACUGUUCCACAAGAAGCAGUACAGCCACAACUACGACACGUAUCCCGUGGAGUUCGAGACGCCGGCCGGGAACCACAAUGCCAUGCAUCACUUCGAGUUGAGCCCGAGCCUGCAGGCGAGGUACCUGCUGCUCGGGGUCUCUGAAUAUGAGGGCCACCCAUGUAUGCGAUUCGACGUCCAGGGCUGCUUGGCGCCGGCUUCCAUUCAUGAACUGCCGAUGCAUCUUCAGGUCGGCUGGAACGCCUCUGUACCUACCUGCAUCGAUGCCGAACCACCGGUUUUCAGCAACUGCCCAGCCAACCCCAUCUACGUGUCCGCCGACGAUAAUGGUCAAUUGGAACCUGUUGCCUUCGAAAUUCCGCGAGCUUCUGACAACUCUGGACGUGUCGCCUGGGUUCGGGUAGAACCGCAAGGCUUUGAACCUCCUCGCGUUGUCAGCGCUGAUGUUGAUGUGCUCUACACAGCCUUUGAUGAGGCCGGAAAUACUGCCGAGUGUUUGGUGCAGAUCCGGAUUCCGGACACCCUCCCGCCCGUGAUGAAAUGCCCCGAUUCCUACGCUCUCUGGGCCCCAGAAGGCUCCAACGUCACGGAGGUCAUCUUCGACGAGAUGAGCGUCCCCAUGGUCAUCCAAGACGUCUCUAACGUCACCUCCGUAUCGUUCAAUCCGCCAAAAGCUAACAUCAGGCUCGGAGAACACCUCACUGUUGAGGUCUCGGCAGUAGAUGCUCUCGGCAACAGCAACAAGUGCCAAUUCCAAGUGGCCUACAUGCCCGAGGUCUGUUCCUCCUGGUCCCUCGCCAGCUCUCCAAACACCAUCAAGACGUGCGCCGAGCGAGAUGGGGCUACAGUAUGCACAAUCUCUUGCCAUAAAGGAUAUAGAUUUGUCGAUGAAGACAAGAUCGAGAAAGAGUUCGCGUGUUCCGACGGCUCUUGGUCACCAUCUGGAGUCGCGCCCGCGUGCGUGCCUGUAGCUGAUGAACCUGCCCGAUAUGAGCUGAGCGUUGGAGUUGACUACCCGGUUGCGACGCCGCCGAGUGCGGAGUGUAUCAAGGGCUACACCACCUUGAUCACCACCUACUUUGACUCCCUCGACGCUGCCUUGUCCCAACGCUGCUCCUCCUCCGUCCAGGUCUACGUCCGCUUCCUCGACGUCAAGUUCCACCAGCAGCCCGGAAACACGCAGGCCAACUACACGAUUCAAAUCCUGCCCUCCGUCCUGCAAGACGUCUUCUACGAUCUCUGCGGCCUUACACUACGCACAAUUUUCGACUUGAGAAUUCCUGGCGCCACAGCCCCGAUUAAGCAGCUCCUCUCCCUCGACGCUGGAGCUACACAAUCCGGACAGUGCCCAACGCUCGUUGCCGCUAAUUCUAUCGUAUCUCAGGGUUUCGGAUGCGCCGACGGCGAGGUACUACGCGCGCCAAAGGACGGUAGUCUGCCAGAGUGCUUACCCUGCCCCGUCGGAAGUGUCAACGUCAACAACAGCUGUGUCAAGUGCCCGAGAGGCUCCUUCCAGGAUGAAAAAGGUCAAGUCGCUUGCAAGGCUUGCCCUGAUGGUCAUUACACACAUUAUUCUGGUUCUCACGCCCUGGAGCAGUGUCUAGCCGUCUGUGGGAAUGGAAUGUACUCCGCUAGCGGUCUGAUCCCUUGCCAGCUGUGCCCGAGGCACACCUAUUCCGGUCCAGCUCCAAUUGAUGGAUACAAGGAAUGCACCCCCUGCGACCCCGGAGCGUACACCGCUCGCCUUGGAUCCACCGGACCAUCGCAGUGCAAGCAGGCCUGCCAGGCUGGCACCUUCUCGCUGACCGGGUUGGAGCCGUGCUCCAGGUGCCCUCAGAAUUACUACCAGCCGAGUUUGGGGCAACAGAGAUGCAUCGAGUGCGGAAACUCGACAGCCACAUUCUCCGAGGGAGCAGCUUCUGAAGACAUGUGUGUGGCCAUCGACUGUGCAGCUGUGGAAUGUGAAAAUCGCGGCCUCUGCGCGAUCAAGAAUCACCGUGCAGUAUGCGAGUGCCGCCCUGGAUAUUCAGGAUCAAGGUGCGAAGAGACGAGAGAGGUCUGUGCCAGCAACCCAUGCUUCAACAAUGGUGUCUGCGAGGCCGCUUCUGGGACUUAUCGAUGUAUUUGCCCGAAACAUUACUCCGGACCUCGCUGUCAGAAGGGCCCAGAAGACUGUGACGGUGUCAGCUGCCCCAACGGCGGCGUCUGUCACAAUCUACCCGGCUAUGGAACCAAGAAGUGUUUGUGCAGAACCGGUUUCGCGGGCACCGACUGCGAGGAGGUCACCGACAUUUGUUCAACUGCUAACCCAUGCCGCAAUGGUGCUGACUGCCAGCCGCUUCAACUUGGCCGUUUCAAAUGCAAAUGUCUCCCCGGCUGGGACGGCCCGACGUGCUCGCACAAUAUUGAUGACCAGGAAAAGCGGGGAGAUCAUAAAAACAACCCCAAAAUCGUGAUUCUGGAGCAUGACUGG